GUCAUCACUCCAAUUAGAAAUAGCCACGUAAGCAUUAGCCCGCGGAAAACAGACCAUGAGUCACACGUGAGGUUUUUCAUUCCUUCUCUCAAUUGCCUCGAACACGGAUUUGCUGCGUUUGAUGACCGAGUCGCUCUUUUUUUUUGUUUUCUUAAUUAAUUUGUGUGUUUUCUUGGAGGGUUUCUUUCUUUGCUGUCUUUGAUUCUUUUUUAAUGUUCUCUACGUUUCCGAUGCCUUAUUUAGAAGAUAUAUACGCUUCUAUCUACGUAUAUAUAUAAAAAUAGCUAAAAGAUAUCAUCACCUCCUUCAUACAUUUUUUUUAUACCUAAAAGAAACAAAAAAAAAAGGAGAAAACCCCAAAAUAAAAAGAAGAGGAAUAAAUUCUGAAACCUAUAUGGCAAAGAAGGUGAGGAAGCUUCACGUAACGGUGAAGCCGGUGAGGCUUGAAGGCUUACCGUCUAUUCCCGGUGAUCACGAAACGGCGGCAAAGAAUCUUUCUACGAUGGUGGAGGUGAAAUGGAAAGGAACGGUCUCCGGUUUCGGAUUAGGCCUCGUCCCUUUUUACCGGUCUAAUCGACCUGUUAACCAUACGAGCUCUAAGCCGAUUGCUUUAGGCGUACGCCAUGUAGAAUGGGAGGAAGAGUUCGAACGCGUUUGUUGCAUCGUCGGCCCAUGGAACAUUUCCUUCAAUGUCUUCUACGGAGAGACAAUGGAUGCGAAAAACAAGAAGUCUUUGGUCGGAAAGGCGUCGCUGGAUUUGUCGGCGUUAGCGUCGAAGCUUGAAUCGACGGUGGAGAAAAAGCUUCUGGUUCGCUCAAAAGGUUCCGUGCUUUCGAAGGAAGCAACACUUGUGGUCAACGUGACUUUUUCCGAGGUAAGAACCGAACCAGACGACUUUAUACAACUUGGUCAGGUCUCCGUUGACUCAGCAAUUCCGACAAAGAUGUCAAGUCGUCGCGGCGGUGUAAGAGAUUUUGAUUCGUCUUCAUCUCCAGCCACCGCGCCGAGUUCAGGUGGACGUAGUCCAAUUGUGGAAAUCGGAUCAUCUUCAAGCCCGGAUGAGAACCAGUCUGAACCGGGUCAAAAAGCCGUGUUUAAUUGGUGGAAGAGACGACGGUUAAGCUUUUCUGUGACAUGGAGAAGAGAACCGAGAGAGGAUGAACUUACAAAGAUAUCAACGGCGGGACAAGAAAAGCCGGCGGCGACGGCAGAGACUGAUUCAUCAAUCGAGGCAAACAAAUGGGUGGUGAAGGAUAUAGUGAGCCGCGAUGGUAAAUCGAAGCUAAAAUCGGAAGUUUACACUGCGUCGAUUGAUCAGAGAAGCGAACAAGCCGCCGGAGAAGCAGCUUGCGCGGCGGUGGCGGUGGUGUUUGAUCAGAUUUGGGAUGAGGUGGAGAAAGAGGUUGCGUUAGCCUCAAGUAAUGGUGAAACUAGGGUUUAUAUUGUUAGCUGGAACGAUCAUUUCUUCGUGGUGAAGGCAGAUUUAGAUGGUUAUUGCGUAAUCGAUUCGUUAGGGGAGAGAUUGUUCGAAGGUUGCAAGCAAGCUUACAUUCUAAAGUUUGAUGAUUCGAGUUUGAUGUAUGAGAAAGAGGUGUCGUCGGAGAAGUUGGUUUGUGAGGGUAAAAAGUGUUGUAGAGAAUAUAUAAAGAGGUUUCUUGCGGCGAUCCCGGUGGCGGAGUUGGCGGCGAAAGAGGAGAAAGGGAAUGUAGUGGAUGUGUCUCUUCUUCAUGAGAAACUUCAGAUUGAUUUGCAUCAUAUUAUGUUGACUAGUGCUGAUUAGAGUUUUGUUUUCUGACUAUUGAUUGGUGACUCCUUAGUGUAGAGUUGUUAGGAUUGUGAGAUAGAGUGAGAGAGUUUAUUUGUGCAUAUGGUUCGCUAAAAUAGUUACCUUGAUGAGACAAUGUGUUGGGAAAAGUCAAGAAAAAGGUUUUUAUUUGUCCUGGCUUUA